AUGAAUAUUGUUUAAUAUUAACAGAACCUCUGAGGACCCGUUUGCGUGGUGGAAGUGGAUCAUUUGAAGGAACAGUUGAGGUUUACUACCAAGAAGCAUACGGUACAGUGUGCGGCGAUGACUGGGAUUUGGAUGACGCCCACGUCGUUUGUCACACACUGGGAUAUCCACGUGCUUCUGCUUAUUACACCAGCGCAAACUUUGGCGAAGGCACAGGGGAAAUUAUCCUGGAUAAUGUGAAUUGCACGGGAUCUGAGUCAAACAUCGCCUUCUGUCAACACAACGGUUACCUAUCUCACAACUGUGAGCAUCGUCAAGAUGCAGGAGUCACGUGUGAAGGCAUUGUUGACGCCAUUUUGAGAGACGGGAGCAGCAGCAGAGAAGGUCGGGUCGAGGUCUACUAUCAAGGAUCAUGGGGUACCGUUUGCGACGAUGGCUUUGGUAUGACUGAUGCGCAUGUAGUUUGUAGAAUGAUAGGUUAUACCUUCGCGGAAUCCUUUUCGUGCUGUGCGGCAUUCGGCCCAGGAACUGGUGACAUUCUCCUGGAUAAUCUCCAAUGUACGGGAGAGGAAGUGACGAUUGGACAUUGUAUGCAGAAUCCAUUUGCAACACGCAUCUGUGGACACAGUAAAGACGUAGGAGUAACGUGCAUUAAACUUCCCGUGCGUCUUGUUGACGGAGCUUCAGCCAAUGAAGGGCGAGUCGAGGUGAACUACCAAGGAUCAUGGGGUACAAUCUGUAAUGACUCCUGGGAUAUCAAAGAUGCUACCGUUGUUUGUCGAAUGCUGGGUUAUACUGGAGUCUCUUCUGCAAUGGUGCGCUUCGGAGAAGCCACAGGUGAUAUCAUCCUCGACAACGUCGGAUGUUACGGGUCAGAAACGCACAUCGCACAAUGCACACAUGGCGGCUACGAGAUCCAUAACUGCGAUCAUUCUGAAGACGUUGGUGUUAUAUGCAGCGGAGAAGCUGAACUCAAGGUUCGCCUCGUAGAAGGUCCGGAUGAGAGCCAAGGUCGUGUUGAGUUGUUCUACUUCGGAUCAUGGGGUACUGUCUGCCAAUACAACUGGACCCCAUUGGACUCGGAAGUGGUCUGCAGAAUGUUAGGAUUCGUCGGGGCUAUAGCAUAUUCAACCUCCUCAUCAUACGGACGUGGGACAGGGGAAGUGAUACUAUAUCGUCCGAGAUGCUCUGGAAAAGAAUCGAGUCUUCUUGAGUGUGAUCCAUUUUAUGAUCUGGGUAUCACUUAUUUGUUUUGCAGUGGACAUGCAACAGAUCUCGGAGUUUCAUGCUUAAAACCGGAUGAUUUCCGGGUGCGUUUGGUCGGCGGAAGAUCUGACAAAGAAGGCCGUGUUGAGAUUCUAUACCUUGGUACUUGGGGGACAGUGUGUGAUGACAACUGGGACCUAAAUGAUGCCAACGUGGUUUGCAGAAUGCUCGGCUACGAACGGGCGGAGAACUUCUCCUGUUGCGCUGCCUUUGGACUAGGAUCUGGGCCUAUUGUUCUGGAUGAAGUGGAAUGCGAGGGUACAGAACCAAACAUAGGCCAUUGUCGAAGGAGUGAUUACGAAACCCAUGACUGUGAUCACUCGGAGGAUGUUGGUGUCUCAUGCAUCGAACAUGAAGUGGAACAGGAAUCCUCUACAACCGUGACACCGAAUGGCAGUGAAAUGGGUCUAUCCCAGCCUGCCAAAUUUGGUUUAAUUGGAUUCCUCUCCGUUGCAGUUAUUGGUAUCCUUUUGGGUUGUAUCUUCAUGACAUUAAUGGUGCGGAAGUACAGGAGAUCAGCAAAUCAGGCUAGUAGUCAGCAGCAAGAGACAGCGAAACAAAACAGUUACAACGGACCACAACAUGGUGAGGAAGGUUGCUUGGAACUUAACGUUGUCCCUCCCAAGCUACCAGAGAGAUCUUCACGAGAUCAGGGUGAAUUAUACGAAACGCCACGACAUGCUGACGAUGGAGAUGUUUAUGAAGAUAUUAAGAUCUAAGAAGAAGAAGAAGAUUUUGUUUAAUAGUAGUACUACUAUUGUUCUUCUUUUCUCCCUUUACCUCUCCCCUUUCCAUUUCUCUACUCUUAUCACUCUUUCUACCUCUCUACCCGUCUGCCUUUUAUGUUUUACCUCCUUUUUCUCUCUCUUUUAGUUAUUUUUCUCUGUUCUGAAAAUAUAUAUACAUUUUGAAGAACAACGUAAUUCUUGACCAUUUUAAUCGUUCUUUAUAUUUUUCAUUUGCUUUUUUAAUUCACUUUUAUGUGUAAUUAUUUGAACCUGCAAGAUUUAA